CCGCAGGCUCAGACCGGGGAAAGUUGUUUCCUGAAGUUGUCACUGAGCGGCUCGUUUCCACACCAGAGUCCUGGAGCUCGAACGACAUGACUUCGACGGGUUUCUCCGAGUUUUUUUAGAGGUUUUCCGUCUGCCACCCCGCCGGUGAGCCGCCGUCCCUGCUGUAUGGAGCUGACGGACGGGAAGAUGAGCUCCAGCAGAGAAGACUCAGAGGCGAGUCUGCAGGCCCAGCUAACCGAGUGCCGAGCUCAGGUUGAACACUGGCAAGGCGUGGCGACAAUCUGUGAGCUGAGCAAACAGGAGGAACUGGCAGAGCUGCAAAAACAAUGUGAUCAAGAGAUUCAGUCUCUGCAGGAGGCUCUCAGAGAGACAGCAGCACAGUAUGAGGCCAGGAUAGCAGUUCUACAGUCUCAACCUGUGGAGUGGAGGAGAGGCAGUGGACACAACAUGAUCAGUGGAAGGAAAGGCAGGAUGGAUGCAGAAGUCCACAGUAAUGAAUCCCAGGCUUCGAUCGCCAACAGCCUGGCAGACGACGAGGCAGCAGCAUCGCCGGACAGGACGCACAGCCAGCCAGCACAGCCAGCAGAUCUUGAGGCGGCGGCAGAGGGAGAAGGAGGUCCACUGACGACAGAAGGGUAUUUUUCACUCCAGCAGUGUGACUCGGCCUCGCUGUCCUCCUUCUCCUUAGACACGCCGUCUCUGCCCAGAAAACUCCACGCUCAGGAAGACACCGACUCGCUGGUCUCCACAGGAACUUUGGUGCCUGAAGCCAUUUACCUGCCACCAGCUGGACACCGGCUGGUCACACACAGUGACUGGGAUGCACUCAAUGCUCAGGUGUCAGAGCUGCGAGGGGAAGUGAGUCGGCUGCAGGCGGAGAACGAGGAGCUGGAGAGAGAACUGGAUACACAGACCAACCACACACACAAACAGGUGUCAAUGCUCCAGUCUCAGGUCCAGACUUCAGAGGCCCUCCUCCAGGAUUUGCAAAAAUCUUUCAGCCAAUCACAAAAUGCAGUCCAGAGUCGACUGGCAGAGCUGUCUCUGUCUCAGAGAAGGAUGUGCAGCGAGCUGUCCAGGCUGAAAGGAGAAGAGGCCGAGGAGGAUGUCCCAGACACUAGCUCAUCUCUACCAGCAACACUGCAUGGUGCGCAUCAUGAGGAGCGCCUUCGCAUUGAGAUCGUCAACCUGAGGGAGCAGCUGGACACUCGGGCAGAGGAGAACGAAGUUUUAGAGGUGCAGCUUUCCAGUCUGAAGGUGGAGACAGAGAGGAUCCAGGCUCAGAAAGAGCAGGUGCAGGCUGAGCUGCUGGCCUGCCGCACUGAAGUGGACGCCCUGCGGGUGGCUCUCUCUCAUGUACAGAGCACCAACAAGAGCCUCAGCAAUGAUAAAGCAACUUUGCACCAACAGUGUCUGGAGCUGCGUAGUCAAGUGAUCAGUCUUCGCUCUCAGGUCGACACCAGCCAGACUGUACAGAGAGACUUCGUCCAACUCUCUCAGUCACUGCAGGUGAAGCUGGAGUUGAUUCGGCAGGCGGAGACUCUGGAACAAGUCAGGAAAAUCCUAGAAGAAGGAGUCAGUCAGGAUGGUUCCCCACCUGUGGACGCUUCAUGAGUUUUAGAAAAUUAUGUUGGAACCAAACAGCACAGCCCAAGAUUUAACAUCACCAGAGUGACCCAGGAAGGUCCACUAACCACAUGAAAUACGGAUGCUCUGGUAAAGUAACCACUGGAAAUGCCACAGCUGGUGCUGCCAGCACUUGUAUUGUGACACUGGAAAUACUGUAAAAAAAAAAAAAAAAAAACAGAAGCAAUAUGUUGUUUCAUUGUUGUCUCAGAGAGGAUGCUUUGGUGUCAAAUCAGGCUUAGUGACCAAAGUGAGCUGUGACGAACCAGGAAUACUUCAGUACCACUGUUUUUACACGCUCCCUAUUUUCUUACAUCUACUAACACAUUUAUUCCUCUACUAAUACAUGUGAAUAUAUUCUGUUUGUAAAGCUGACGGACUCAAGCAGAACACUCAGCACUUGAUUUUCACAGUGUCAGAACUUAAUACGCAAGUAAUUAAUAUUUUUGUGCAUCUUUGAGAAGGACCACAAAGCAAUGGAUCACAGUGCAAUAAUAAAGUUAUGCAAACUAGACAUUCACCUAAAUUAGCAGUAUUCAAAUGUGUUUUUAUUAUAUAUGUUAAAGGUGGAGGAAGCCAUUCUAAUUUAAUACACUAUAUGUCAAAUUCAGUGGAUUUCUCCUCUAUUCCAGCUGACCAGCAACGGGAGACGUUUGUACAUGUAUGCAAGCAGAUUACAUGCAGAGGAUAGUCCUGUGCAUGCAUUUUCUGGAAAAUACGGUGAAUUUAUAAUACAAUUAGACAUGUCAAGAAGGUAGAGCACCUGAAGUGAGAGACAGUGGCGACUGUUCCUCCUCUCCGUUACCAAAAGGAAAGGUUGAGCAAGUAGCCGGGCUCCUUUGCACAGCAGCAGGUUACCGUUAAACUCCAGCUCCAUCAGGAAAAGCCUGGAAUCUAUUACUCUGUUAUGUUUUGGAUGCUGUUUGUGUGUGUCAUUGAUUUGAUGACAUUUUACAAUGUUUGUUUUCCUCAGUUAUAAAGAAUAGAUGUCCACUUCCUCUAUACAAAGCUAGAGUUUUUCUCUUUCGGUCAGCAACCCACUUUUUGUAGUUGUUGGCAGUGCACAUCCAUGAAUGUGAUGGCCACAGUUUCUGAAGGGUUGUGUUUGUUUGACUGCUGAGCAUCAACACAGUUUCUCAGGGAUGGCUUUCUCCACCUUUAGAGUAACUUUGUUUUUAUUUUAGCUAAGCAUUAACAUUCCUGUCCUUACUGCAACCAUGAUCGCUUUUAAACUGUAAGCAAGUUUAUGAUUGUGGAUUUGGGAAAGGAAUAAAGUGAAAAAUGUUAAAGAUGAUAAA